AACAGCAAUACCAAGAAGCAGAUACAAACUACUUUACAGAAAUAAGAAUGGAAGUUGGAAAAGAAAAGGUUAAUGAAAACAUACUAGUAGAACCAACAGAAAUUAAACAAAUAGAGUUAAAAGACCUUAUAUCAUUGCCUACCUCUUCUUUCUCUUU